AUCUGAUUUGGUAAGUGUGCUUGUGUUCUAAAACAGUUCAUCACCUUCGAUAUCUUAAUCCUAAUUGAUAGUUUUUUUGGGUUAGUGGUUGGCGCGAAGGCAAGCACACAUGCUACGUGCUCAACAAGGGAUUCCAAUUUCAGAAUAUGGCGUUUUGGUCGACAUGAUCCGGGUACCGGAUUGGGCUUUUGAAGCUGCCGGUCUGGAGAUGAGAGGAAUGGGCCAAGAUACAGCUGCAUACCAUCCAGGACUUUACUUGACUACAACCCAGAGAGAAGCAGUGGAGGCACUAAUUCAGGAACUUCCCAAGUUUAGGCUAAAGGCUGUUCCAACUGAUUGCAGCGAAUGUCCCAUCUGCCUUGAAGAGUUCUGUGUUGGUAAUGAGGUUCGUGGGCUCCCGUGUGCUCACAAUUUCCAUGUGGAGUGCAUUGAUGAGUGGCUUCGGUUGAAUGCCAAGUGUCCACGCUGCCGAUGCUCUGUCUUCCCUAACCUUGACCUCAGUGCCCUUUCCAAUCUCCGUGCUGAUUCCGGGCAGACGACAGCCAGUGAUGUGACAACCACACGCUAUGUGCGAGCUCAGCCUGUUGGCCAGAGUUAUAUGUUGAGGUUGCAGGGUCUGCUCCGACCAAUCCGAACAGAGAAUGCUCUACCAGGUAAUGAUGUGGAAACUGUCUUGGAAGGUCCUGAGGAUGGAGGGUUGGCGACCCUAGCUCGAGGUCCCACAAGCAUGACCCUUGCGCCAGUAAUGGAAUGCAUAAUUGUUGAUCAGCCAACCCAGAUUCAACAUUAACCGUUCCCCUUUCAUGGAUUCUUAUGGUGUGUAUUUUUCUUCUUUUUUGGGGGGGUGGGGGGUGGGGGGUGGGGGUGCGGGGUGGUGUGGAGAUAUUCCCAAAGGCACCCUUCAAAGAGUAUUAAAAGGUAUCCAUGUCAUUCCUUGUCUUGUUCUUGCUGACCUUAAGUAGAGGAAAAAUGAAAACGAGUUGCUUCAUGCCCAACUGAGAAUAAACCAAAUACAACCAAUCAAACUCCUCUCAAGAAAGAUAGAUGCAAUAGUUUUCUCUGGCCUGGUACGUCCAAACAUUUUUCCAGAGGGGCAUGGGUUAGUUUUACCACUUGGAAAGGUGAACUGAUAAUUUUGGCUGUCGGAUAUGUAGGGAUGGGCUGGAUUAGUCAUUUGUAUAAUUUCAGAUCCAAAUUCAAUUAUUUACCUUCUUAUCUAAUGGCAUUUAUUCAUGUGUA